AUGCACUUUGUUUCCAUUACCGGUCAGCAUGAAGAUGAAGCAUUGUUCGAGGUGGCAAUGGGUUGGCACGGCACACAGAUCAACAAACUCCUUCUCCCGAAGAUACGAUCUGACUAUGGCACCUAUCCUCUGCUAAACCUUCUACUGGUAUCUAAGGAGUUCUCUCUAAAGAAGAUGUGUGAUCAAAAGCUUCUUCCUGGAGGCAUCCGCCAGAAAAAGGCACAAAUGAUGUUCUCCGUGAACCUGGUGCCCAGAUUGAUCUUGGACAUUCACGGCAAGGUAGAGACAAAGCUGCGCACCCUUACUUCGCUUUGGGCCCUGGCCAGAUACAGCAACAACCAUCUCGACCUCAAGCUUACAUUCAACGGAGCUAUACACGUCAGCGAGCGCCGCAUGCUGUCUAGCACGACGUAUCUGAAACGGCUGUACGCUGAGAUCAAAUGUUACCAGGAGCAACUGCGAUGGGCAGUCUCAAUGUCGGCGACGGGUAGCCCAGACCCACUAGCUCGCUUGGGAAGUCAUCGUGUUAGGGAAAUCUUCGUGCAAGCGCGCGUGUUGUUGAUUUCCCACGCCAAAGCUCUGUUCGAUGAACCAAUGCACAGCAACAUUCAGCCAACCACAUCUUUGCAUCAUCACUAUCAACCAGCGUCUAUCAAAGAAUCGGUCAUCGAUCUCACGCAUCCAGCACAAGCAAUUAUGUCCGAACCUCCUCAUAAACGUCGCAGAACUACUGCCCGCCUCCUACCAGAACAAGACAAUGUCAUCACCCGGGUCCCUGGAGUCCAAGAGAGACGCUCCAUACGCGUCGCGACACAGUUUCAACUGAGAUACAGCACAAGAUCACCAUUCUUCCGUCUACUGCCCCUCGAAAUCAGAAGCAUGAUCUACAAGUCUUGUUUCGAGUCAAUGGCUCGCGCGGGCGACCAGAGAAUUGAACCCAGUUCGACCGAGAUUCUCCACAAUGGCAAAAUGGUCGAGGUCCUCGGACUUGGAGGAGAUACACACGACGUCUCGCCCUUGGAUAUCUUUCUGGUGUGCCGAGGGAUGCACAAGGAAGCAGAGCCGGUGUUGUGGUCAGAGAUGAACUUCCUGUUCCGCAGCACCAGGCUGCUAAACCUUCUCUCCACGACUAAGCAGCUUGCACACUGUCGUCCUUCAAGGAGCAUCCCCCUCAUGUACCCCGUGGAAAAGAUCCGCAGGAUCGAACUGGAGUUCCCAGAGACCUACGUCAGCGACCUUGAAAGCGACCUAAAAACCCUGGAGUGCUUUUGGAACCUCGCGAAAAGAAUCGGCGACAAGUUCGAAUUGCGCAUAACCUACCCCAGUACCGAAGACAACGCAGAGCAAUCGGAAGUUGAGGCUGCUGCUCUUAAGACCAUCUUCAACGACAUGAGAGUCUAUCAGGCACGCCGAGAGGCAGCAGGUCAAAAACUCAGGGUGAGUAAGACGGAAAUGCUCUCCUGGAUCGACGACGAUCCCUGGAAGUUUGUCGUGAACUUCCCGGAUCCGUCUGAAGUGAUCAACACCGGCGACGAGAGUCAGAACAUCUCUUGA